AGCAGCGUCACACAAAGCGCGGAUCCGUCUCCUCUCCGCAAUUCACUAUGCUGCCAGCUUUCCCCGCGUUUUGUAUGUCAUACUGUUCUCUUUCAUGCUCUCGAUACGGCCUUGAUUACUUGUGAUCAAAAAUCUGUGCAAUAUGGCUCCAGAAGACAGCUCCGACAGGACGAGCUACGUCUACAACUCACAGCUUGACGCAUUUACUCUCUAUCAUAUCUCGAACGGAACUGGCCGUAGCCACAGUGUAGUCGGUCCCGGUCUACCAGCUCUCGGUCAUGCCUUAUCCGGCGCAGCGGGCACCGCGAUAUCGAAACUCAUAACAUACCCCCUCGAUCUUGUCAUCACACGUUUGCAAGUACAACGGCAAUUGCAGCACGACGAGAAACCCCUCCACUACAACGGCAUCCUCGAUGCGAUCGAAAAGAUUUACGAGAGAGAGGGAGGGCUACAAGCGUUCUACAGCGGAGUAGUACAUGAAACGGUCAAGGGCGUAGCGGACAGUUUCUUGUUCUUCCUGGUAUACUCGUACGUGAGACAAAAGAGGUUGAAUUCACGAGACAAUGGGAAAAACUUACCAUCGCUGGAAGAGAUUGGUGUUGGCAUGGUAGCCGGCGCCUUUUCCAAGUUCUUCACGACACCCAUCCAGCAGAUCGUCACAAGGAAGCAGACAUCAGCAAUGUUGAAGGGUGCGUCAGGGACUUCAAUACCACCCCUUAGCAGCACGGCAGACAUUGCGCGCGAGAUCAAGCGGGAGAAGGGCCUACAAGGCUUCUGGUCGGGCUAUUCGGCGAGCUUGGUCUUGACACUCAAUCCUUCCAUUACCAUGCUUCUACACAAGGUUCUAUUACGGCUCUUGGUAUCAAGAGCGAACCGAGAAAAUCCUGGGGCACGCAUCACCUUCCUGCUGGCGGCGAUCAGCAAAGCCCUAGCAUCAACAGUCACCUACCCGUUUUCCCUUGCCAAAACACGAGCCCAGGUAUCUGCGCAAAAGCCGUCAGCAACCGCCGGCGAGACUUCGGAGCAGGAGAAGACAGAGAAGCCACUUGGAGCUAGAAUGGCGCGGGCACGACAAGGAACUAUCUUCAGUACCAUUGUUCGCAUUGCGCAGACGGAGGGCUUGUGGGGCCUGUACCAGGGCUUGGGAGCCGAAGUCCUGAAAGGCUUCUUCUCGCACGGGAUCACGAUGCUAAUGAAAGACCGAAUCCACACCGCUAUCAUCAGCUUAUAUUAUUCCGUUCUGGAGUCUCUGCAGAAGUACCCCAGUCCGGGAGAAGUGGCAAAAACUGCUACAGAUGGUGUGAAGGACGCAUACGAGAGUAGCAAGGAACAAGUUAGUGAAGCUUACGCGAAGGGUGUCGAACUGGCAGGGAAUGCGUCAGGUAGAGUCAAAGACGCUGUAGCAGAAGGAUCGCAACAGGCUCAAGAUCUGGUAGAGAGGGGUAAGGAGCAGGCUAGUGACCUCUACUCUCGAGGCGCCCAAGCAACAGAGACAGCGUCGUCGAGUGCCCAAGACGCCGUACAACGUAGCUCACAGCAGGCCGGGUCUCUCCUGGAGAAAGGCAAGGACCAAGCUAAAGAGGCUUACACGAAAAGUGGGGAGGUAGCAGAGUGGGCUUCAUCAACGACUCGAGACGCCGCCGUAGACAGCUCACAGCGGGCUGGCGAGCUAUUGGAGAGGGGAAAGGAUGCAGCGGGGAACGCAAUCGGGCAAGCCAAAGACGGCCUCCUCCAGGCAGAUGUUAGAGAUAUUGAUGGCCCUGAUACGGGCAUCAAGGAAUGAACAGAGGCAGCGGAUCGAUAUUGAUUGGAGUAGCCAGAUUGUACAUAUACCCCCAUUCCCUACUUCAUAGUACAUAUAGUGUUUGGGGGCCUCGCUGGAGAACUGUUCAUUAUUAGCAUGAUUGUAGUAAUACGGAUAGCACACAGAAGCUGAUAUUUGCCGUU